AUGGUGUGGUUGAAUUUGGCCAGUAAGUUGAUUUUUGAAACUUUAUAGCUUAAUACAAAGUACUAGAAUAGACAUAGCUAAGAGCAUUUAAAUUAUAUUUAAAGCCUCUAAUAUACAUCGUUGUUCAGAUUUCAUGAUACAGUCAAAUUGUCCAUAAAAUACUAAAGACAAUUACAUAUUAUGUAAAAAACUUUUUGGAAUCAUCUAUUAUAAAAUAUUACAUUGUCCAUAUUUUAUCACCCUUAUUUUUGAAUCUGAAACAACUACCUAAUUUUGAUUUUCUGGAAAUGGAAAUUUACAUUAAAAAUUUCUUAAAUAUAUAGAGUAUUAUUUCAAAUACAUUUUUGUGUUUUAAUAGUUCGUUCUAAACAUAGUAUUAUUACCUAGUCGUAUUUUUUCCUCAUUGCCAAGAUAAUCUAGAAAUCGACAAAAAUGACCAAUUUUUUUUUAUUUAUUAUUAAAACUACAAAAAAAAAUUUAAAAAUAACCUCCACAUUGCACCAUCUAGAAUCCAGAUCAAAAAUUCUAUAAAAAAAGUCCCUAUAGAGAUUUUGAUUGGAGUACGAUUUAUGGUAGAAUAAUUGUUUACGUAAGAAGAAAACCAGUACAUUCCUCACCCAACUCAGAAUUUUAUAUCUUUAAAUGAUUAUAAUUGGUUUAUAAUAUAAUAAUAUUGCAGCGAUACCCAUCAUUAAACCUAUGUUGCUUUAUACUGUACAUUGAUACAAAUUUAAUACCGUCGAGUACAUAUCUGUGAAGGAAAUUUAUAGAAACCUAAUUUUAUCUUGCAUUAUAAAUUAUAAAAUCAGAUCCUGAUUUACGCAUGCACAUGUGAUAUACGGGCAAAGGACUCCAAAAUUCUUAGUCUCCCCCCCCCUUUCCAUUAGAUACGAAAAAAUAAAAAUUGUAUUGUUUAAAGGUAUUUUUGGGAGAUUUACGACUAUAAAUAUUCAAUUGAAUGGGUUCUUUUUUAUCAUUACUGGAAAUUAUUACCUAAUUAAUUAGGUAUUAUAAAACAAUUAACAUUUGAAAACAAUUUUAUUUUAAAAAGUCCCUAAAAAAUUUGUAGCGAACAGAGCCAUGUUUGUUAACUCAUAAUAAAGGUAUAUUUUUAUAUUUUAUAUUUUUUUUAUGAUAUAACUUUACUUAUGAGUAAAGUAAAACAGAUAAAAAGUAGGUACAGUGUACAGACCUUCACCAGUUACCACAAGGGUCCAGGGGGGUCUGGACCUCUUCCUAGACACUGAUAUAAUUUCAAUACGUUCAAAAAAGAGGCAUCUAUUAAUAGAUUAAUAAAUAAACUAACCUAACCUUUUAAAUAAAAAUGAUUUUUCUGAAACCACCCCAGAAAAAUGUUAAAAACCUGCUACUGGUUACUAUGCAAUCAAAUUUACUGAGACAAUUUUUUAAUAUUAAAAAUUAAUAUGAAUUAAUAUAAGCAAACUCAUACCUAUUAACAUUAUAUUUAAUAGACUAUCCUUAGUACGUAUUUAAAAUAAAAUAACUCAGAAACUUUUCGUUCAAAUCUCGAUUACAAUAGGUCGUAAUUUUAGAAAAAUCAUCUGAUUUACAAUUUGCGUUAAUACAUGUAGGAUUUCUUUCGAAAAACCAAAGUUGAUAUCGCCUAAUAUUACUCUUUGAAUGAUAUGAAAAAUGUAUAGAUAUAUUCGAAAAUAUUGCCUUGAAUAAAUGCAUAAUUUAACCAUAAAAAUGGGAUGAAUAUUUUUAAAAAAUCACUUUGUUUAUACUUCUCGAAAAUACCGAAACGAUUUAUAAAUAACCACAAAAGAGGCAUGCGCAUAGAUAGUAUUAUUUUAAUUUUAAGAUAAAUUCUUAAUUCUUAAUUUAUAAUAAUAAUUUAUUAUAUUUUAAAAUCAAUGCUUAUAUCUAUGAUCUUUUAGUUGAUAAUUUAUCAGAAAUAUCUGAAACCAGUAACAAUAGUAGUCAUAUCUCAACAAUAUCCGAUGAAAUUUCGAGAAAAAGAAUUAGAAAAUCGACAAUAGAGAAGAGACGUGAAAGUCAAAAUGAGUAAUUUAUUCAAUUGUUUUUACUACAGUUUUUAUGUUAAUUGUAAAAAUUUUAAAAUUAGUUCAGAAAAGUUGAAAAAAUUACCAAAUCCAGUUGUUCAACAAACUGAGAAAAACGAAUUUGAAUUAGGUGUUCUAAUAGAAAAAGUAUAUAACUUAAUGGAAAGCAAGGGUUUAGUUUUUACUAAAAAAGAAUGCGAUCGUCAAGUUUUAGAUUAUAAAAACAAUCAACUUAUACUAUUUGAGAAUAAAAAUAAAUUUAAUAAAAUAAACCAAAAAUGGUUGGAAAUUGAUGGUAAAUUGGAAGAAAUUAUUAAAAAAGAAGACAUAAUAUUAAAGUACGAAGCCCUUGCUAUAUUAAGAGGUAAAUUAUUAUUAUAUGCAAAUAUUGUAGAUACUUGAAAAAAUUAAAAACGCAUUAAAUUCUUAGAUCAAAGUUUAAAAAUCCUUAAAGAAAAAGAAAAUAUUUGUGAUAAGGUAGUUGAAGAGCUAGAAAAAUUGCUAAUUGAAACUUUGAAUGAGACAAAAACCAAUAGUAAUGAUUUCAUUAAAUUGAAUAAAAUUAUUAAACAAAAUGUACAGCUCCUUAAGGAAGAGCAUGAACAGUAUAAUUCAAUUAUUUCUGUAAGUACAUUUAUACCUAUUCGUAUACCUAUUACCUACUAUGAUAUUAGUUUAUUGGUAUCCAUCACUAUUAGUAGGUAAUAUACCUAUUAACUAUUGUCAUAACAUUAUGUUUUAAAGAAACUACUUGAUGAUGAAACAAAUAAAAGAAGUAAAAAAGAUUUAACAACAUGGACACUUUUGUUUGACAAAAUUAUUCUUAAAAUAUCAAAAGCGCCAUUACAACAUUGUUUGACAUCUCAACAACAUUAUUUUGAUUUAAUAAGGCAACACGCUUUUAAUCAAGAAGAGAUGAAAAAUCUUAGAAUAGAAUUGGCUGAAAAGUAUGUUGUAAGUGAACAACUUAUGUGUAUAGUGUUAUAGUUACAGAAAAUAAUUAUAUGGUUAUGGUAAAUAAUAAAAAGUAAACAUACUCAAUAUUUAUUCAAUUUUUCUUUUAUAUAAAAUAAAAAAAUUUGAUACUGCUCACAAGUAGACCACUGUUAUAAUUGAGAAGGUACGAAACACAGGGUAGUUAACUUAACGUAUACUGUACGCAACGAUAAAUAAUUGCAUUCGAAAAAACCAUUUUGAGUGAAUGAGUUUUAGUCAUGUUUUUUUUUUGUCAAGGUUAUCCAGAAUUAACAAAAAUAAAAUACCUAAGGGUUGAACAUCUCAAAAUUUCAAUAAAUAUUUCAAAUAAAGUAGUACUGAACAAAAUUUCCACAUCUUUUGAGGUACUGCGUGAAAAAAUUAGAACGUUUGAUUAAUAAACAAAAUUGUGUAAAAAAUUAAAAACAACAUAAAAAGAAAUUUGGUGGGAAAAGUAUAAAUAAUUUCGAAAAAUAGUCCAAAUAAAAUACCACCAAGCGAAAAAUCAACAUCUUUUUAGGCAUAAUAAGAAAAAAUUCAAGCAUUUUUAUUAACUGUAAAAGUAUUUUAAAAGUAAUUUUAACCAAUUACCAACCAUAAAAACUGCAUAUUAUGGGCGCAUACUUGAAUUUUGGAUUUGAAUACGAAAAUUGGAUUUUUUCAUGGGGGGGAGAGUGGAACCAAAACCAUACAAAUUUUCAAAUGUAACUGGUAUAUACCUAUAUUAAUGCAAUAAACUGUUGUAUUAAACAAUUGAUUUCAUGUUAGGGAGUGGAUAUUGAUUUGAAGUUUAUUGAAAUAAAAUGUUCAGAAAAUUUUGAAAAACUGGAGUAUAAUUGUGAUGUUUUAAGAAAAAGAAUAACAGACAAUGAGUUCGCAAUAGUAAACCAAAAAAAACUAAUUAUAAAGUUAAGUACUCCAAACAUCUUAUAGUUGUAUACUUACAAUUACCUAUAUAUUCUUUGCAGGCUACAAGAUAAAAAGAAUACCAUUACUGAAAAAUUUAAAAAAAUUGAAUUGCAUGGUAAAACCCAAUUUUUAGCAAUUAAAAAUCAAAUUAUAAAUAUUACUACAAGGAUCAAAGAAAAAGAAAAAUUUUAUAGUUCUGUUAUUAAAAAAGACAAUUGUGAAUACAUGCAAUUGUGGAACUUGCUACAAAAUAAUAUCAUAAGGGGCAUUAAUAAUGUAAUACUUAUGUUUAUGUAAUUUCAUAUUUGAAUUGUUUUUACAUUAAACUUUUGGAUUUUAGCUACUUCAAAUUGAUUAUUUUAUACAUGAAUACUUUGAUAUGAGCAGAACACAACUUCCAUGCGAAAAAAAACCUAUCAAUAUAUUACAAUCUCAAAAACAUAUUAAUAACCUAGCACAUUAUUCUUCAAAUACAAAUUUGGAUCCGAAUUCGUAUAUAUGUAUUAGAGAUAAAGCGCUAAAUCAAUUAUUAUUGGAUUUUUUUGUGAAAAAUACAAGUUUUGUGUUGGACAAAGAAACUGUUGCUAUCACAAAUUCAAUACAGAAUUUAUCAUAUGCGUACAAUGCUUUAAAUAGAUUAAAACUUAACGAAGAAAAAACUUGGAAUCUUAUAAAAUUAAAAUUUAAACCGUUGGUGAAAUGUGUUGUUUGUAAUUCUCAAGUAAAUUGGGAUUAUGAAAUUAUCAUAAAUUCAAACAACACUCUGAAACAAAAUAGUUGUAUAAAUAUGUCAAAAAAUUGGUAUAUAUUGUUAAUUUCAGAAAUCCUUGAACUGUUUCUAACAGAUUUGUCUUUGUAGCACCAAAGAAUUUCAAUCAAGCAAUUAUUUGUAUGAAGAACUAAAGACAUUUUUAACUCAAUAUAAUGAGAAAAAUGAUAAAGUAAAAACAACAAAUUUACUUGAAUUGCAUGAUACGUAAGUAAUUAAAAUCUAAAAUACAAGGGUGAAGGCGAUAGUUACUAAAAAAUGUAUUCCGUUUUUGAUCUUAGUAAUGCUGUAAAUCAAUUUAUUAUUUAAAAUAUAAUCUCAAAGAUAAUUUAUAUUUUGAAGGAGGUUUGAACUUCCAAUUGCUCCACUCCUAUGUUAGCUACUGAAAUUAUAAAUGCCCAUAAUUAACUUUAUCUUUGAACAAGGACGGGUAAGGAAGAUAAAAAAAAAAAUAUUAGAAUAUGGGUCUACAUUUCGUUAAAGACAUUAACAAAUUACGAGAUUAAAAAUAUUCUCCAUAAUUUUAAAUUCAGAACUGAGCGAGAAUAUAUUGGUUUUACUAUGAUGUAUGCGAUUUUUUUUUUCUGUCCAUAUACAACUUUUCUAUUAAAUAUCUUACUCCAAUCAAAAAACGUAAAGAUAGCUUUUUUAUAAAAUUUUGAAUAUAGUUGGUGCAUUGAAUAGGGUUUUUUUUGAUUUUUCAAGUAGUUAUCAUAAUAAUUGGGGAAAAGCUGAAAAAAAAGAAUAGGGAAAAGGACAAAUUUACGGAAAUAAAAGUUUCAUUAAUUUCGAUUAUUUAAAUUUCAUUUUCUACCAAAAAUUUUGCUCCAAAUUUCAAGAAUAUCAUUUUUUCUAAAAUGUUGUAUAGUUGAAAAGUAAGUAAAUUUUUUCUCGAUUUUCGAUACAUUUUUGUUUUUAAUAAUUGGGAAAAACCAAAAAAAAAAUUGAAAAAACGAAUACGAUUAUGACAUUAAUGGUUUCAUUAUAUUCCAGUUUGAUUUUUUUUUUUUUUUCAUAAUUCGGUUAAAAAUAAUCGUAUAUGCCUAGAUUUAAUUUUCACGGAAUACUUAUAUUAUAGUUUUUUCUAUGCGUGGUAAAAAUGUUCUUAAAACUUUCUAGUGAAAUUUAUAUUUGGUUUUAUGUGAAUAAAAUUUUUAAGCAAAUAAAAAUGCUUGAAAAUGUAUCACGAGGUUCAUUAUAUGUUGUAUUUGAAAGUUGAAAAAAAGUUUAAAUUUAUAUUAAUUUAAUAUUAAUCUGUUUUGAUUGAUAAAAUUGUUUAUCAUUGUGUAGAUAUAUAAAUUAAAUAACUUUACGUAUCUUAUUAUAUUAAUACCUUCCUAACAUCCCACCAACAGUGGCACACCCUUCAGUAGUAUGAGCUUUUUUCUUAUUUUGUUUAUUCCACAGUAUACAUUUAAACAAGGGAAGUUUUGAAAAUGAAGAACAUACAGACAAAAUAUAUUCAAAUUAUGUAGUGAACAGUAAGUAAAAUUAUAAUCUUCAAAUAAAAAAAUGUCUAUUUAAAUAAUUAUAUAUUGAUAUUCAGUAUACGCUGUAUUUUCAAAUCUAAAAAAAAAUAAAAACUUAAUAAUUCAUUUAGUCAUACUUAAUAGGUCAUACACCACAAAACAAUAAUACUCAAUGCACAGAUGUAAACCACGAGUUAUACAUCGAUAACAAGUAUUUCAUCCCUAUGAUAAAAGAGAUCAUGGAAGAAUUACCAUCAAAACAGUUUUCAAACAGUCAAAAUGUACAAAAACAACAUGAUUGUGUACAACGAGAUAUACCGGAGGAUGAUCUACGAGAGUAUUGGGCUCAAUUCUCGACAUAUAUUCCAAGCAGUACUAUUGAUUUAUGGAAUAUUUUGUACAAAGUUAUUGGGCGUUAUAACGAGAUUUUAACCCGUAAAUAAGUCUAGUUUAAUUAAUCAAUGAAAAUAAUCUAGUAAAGUUUGCAUUCUCUGCAAAUAUUACAAUAAUCAUGUUUCAGGUUGCCAAAACAAAUUGACAGAAGCUAAUAUGUUGCAAAACGAAAUAAAUAAAUUGAAAAAAAUUAAAGAAGAGUUAGAAAGUUAA